UUUUUCAAACACACGUACGUACACCAAUUUGGCAUUCGUAAUAUAUAUUUGAAGUGAAGUUAUACUCAUAAGAUGGAAUCAACAAGGGGACCAGCAGCUCGAGUUUAUCAAGAUUUUGAACCUUCAAUGGAAUGGGUGCCUGAAGACGAUUCUGACACCCUUCUCGUUUAUCUUCCUAGCUUUGCAAAGGAACAAUUGAGGGUUCAGAUGAGAGCAAGAAACUUGAUCAUUAGUGGUGAACGAAAGCUCCAACAGCAAAACAACAACACGUGGAGUCGAUUUCGUGUAGAGUUUCCGGUUUCCGUCAACUGUGAUCUCAACAAAAUAAGUGCAAAGUUUGAAGGAAAUAUAUUGUUUGUUAGGCAGCCCAAGUUGAAGAUGAACAUGAUCAUCCCUACUGCUACUACUAGUACUACAUCAGCUGCUGCUGCUGCUGCUGAUCAAAAGCCCCCGCCGCCGCCAUUGUUGGUGGAUGAUCAUGAAUCACUACAUCAUCAUCAUCAUAAAACAACAGCAGACAUAGAAGAUGAUCAAUUAGCAGCAAAGAUGGGACUGGAAAAAACCAGCCACCAAAUAGCUCAACCCAAAGAUACAUCAUCAUCCAAUAAGACUACUAGUACUGAUGAUCAUGAUCAUCAUCCCCUACUAGAAGAAGAAAAACAAGAAGCUGUUAAUAAUAAUAAUAAUAAUAAUGCACCUGAUGAUGCUGAUCAUAAAACAGUUUUAGAUGAUGAGGUGGUUGGCGGCGGCCAGGUGUUUGCCACCAAAGCAUCCUUCUCCUGCAGGAAUGCUGUGAACACGAUUGUGAUUCUUCUGCUCGGGCUGCUCAUUGGCAUCUAUGUCUCCAAUUCCUGGCCGACGACCAAAUUAACUUCUUCACCAACCGUAGACGUACUAGUACCGUAAUUAAUUAAAUUGCAUAUAUAUUUGUAACUCCAACUCAAAUCAAUCCUUCUGUUAAUUUACAAUAUUAGCUUAAUGAACUUGGGAUUUUCUCCAAA